CCUUCCUCUCCUUUCUGCAAUAUCCCCUUCCAAAUGCUCUUCCCACUGAGCACGCCCUGCAGUAUUAAGUUUUCAGAUAAAGAAGUAGCUCCUAUCUGAGAUCAAAAACGCUAUUUGUUAAGUUCAGAACAGUGGCUUAGGAGGGGAUUGACCAGAAGGUACUGUUUUUGACGGGCUUCUGUUAUUAGCCGAAGAGACUUCAGUUUUCUCACCAUAACAUGAGAGAUUUAAUAAGGAUAGUAGGUUAUUGGAUUAUUUCCGGUCCCACCACAUUUUUUUUCUUUCAUUAAAAAUGCUAUCUUUUCUUGUGGAAUGUCUGUCAUCUUGAAAUAAUCAACAAAAAUAUUAGUGUUUUCUGCUGUUAACUGUGUGUUAGAAAUUUAAGAGAAAAUACUAGAAUGUAGGUUUGAAAAUGAUAUAAAUUAGACUUCAGUUCAAGGAAUACUUAAGAAGAUUGGUGGCAGGAAAGGCUUGUGAGUAAUUUAGUUGUUAGGCUGGGUUAGGCAUCUGUGGAUUACAUCAAAGAGGAUGUGCAGAGGUUUUAUUGGGAGCAGUGAGGUGACUUUGGCAGCCAACAGGCCACUAGUAUCUUCUACUAACGCUUUUGUCUGGAUAGGAGCAACAUUGCAUGUUUACAGUCUUGCAGGUAAGAGACCGUGGCAAAUAAUCCUCAGUUACCAGAAGAUGUAUCCUGUAACUGCCUAGCUUGCCUGUCAGAUUUUAAUAGCUAAAGAUAUAAAUCUGGGUAAUCUAACUCAAAUGGCUUAGUUUCAUUGUAACUCAAAUGAUAUGGGGAAUUUUAUGAUCUUGAAAGAGCAGGUUUUGCUUUGAGAAGCCAUUUCUUAAGUAUGGAAUAAUGAGUUGUCAGGAAGAUUGAGUACAGUGGGCAUUUGCCCUGGUCCUAAUCAACAGCAUUUGGACCCAGAGGAAGCCAGCUAUUUUUGUAGGGGCCAUUUCUCAUCAUUACGUUUUCAAGUGCUUUUUUAGGGUUUGUCUAGUAAAAAGCAUUAUUUUGAAAAACAAGCAUAAUAAGGGUAGGGGGUUGUGGCAUUUCAUAGUACAUUUUUAAAAGCUAAUGGAAAUACUGAUUUUUGAAACAAGAUUUAGGACAAAUUCCUUAGGAGUCAGUCACACUAAUGCAUCUUCUGAGUCAAGAACUGGCUAUCCUCUCUGUGUACUCAGUCCAGAAUUGCAUGUGGUGGGGUGCUUGCUUCUUUGCAGAAUCAAUCAAGAAUUCUCACUCUCAAGAUAGCAGAAAUAGGUAAGUUUCAGCUGACAAAUCUGGUACAGAAGUCAUGGAAAGGAAGGCAAGUCUUUUACGAGGCAUCCGCAUCUUUCAGGACUAGGGAAAAAAAAGAGGAAAACUUGAUUUUACUGCUUGUUAACUCUACUGAAUACCUCUUUGAAUGUCAGUUUCCUUAUCUGUAAAACAAAGGUUUUGCAUUUGGUUAUCUCUAAGAUCCCCUUCUGCCCCCAGUUUUAAAGUUUGACAGGGAAAGAGGUUUAAGUCACGAUACCAGGCCAGGGAGGAAAGGAAGGGAGGGCACAGGCCUCUGGAGUUCAGCUGCCUCCCACAUCAGGAUUGAAGUUCCAGCUGCUGGCCACUGCCUUGAGGGAGGUGUCAGCCUUUUACUUCUGGAUCUUGGCCUCUCCUGGUUCUACCCCUUCCCAACAACAACUGAACAUACCGAGUGCUUGCUAUGGCCCAAGCACUGCUGCAGGUGAAGCUGUGGCAUGAACAAGAUUUUAAGCAACAGCUCUGCUCCCCAGGCCCUCUGCAGACAGUAUAUCUGCAGGAGACAGACACUAAGUGAGCCAAUGGAUAUGAUAACUGGCAAAAUGAGAAGUGCUAUGAGGGAAAGAAGUUGCAACUGUUUUCUUAGCUACCUGGAGGGAGGGAAAAUCAUUUUCUGGAAGUUUUUUUCUAGGAGUUUUGUCUUAACUUUGGCUGCCAUAACAAAAUACCAUAGACGGUGGCUUAAACAACAGAAAUGUAUUUUCUCAUACAGUUUUGCAGGCUGGAAGUUGAAGAUCGGGGUGCCAGCAUGGUUGGGUUUUUGCGAGGGUUCUCUUCCUGGCUUUCAGAUGGCCGAAUUCUCACUGUGCCAUCACCUGGCAGGGAGAGAGAGAACACGUGAACUCUGAUGGCUCUUACACAGACACUAAUGACAUCAUGGGGCCUCUACCUCAUGACCUUGACUAAACCCAGUUACCUCCCGAAGCCCUCGUCUUCAAAUACCAUCAACAAUGGGGAUUAGGGCUUCAACAUCUGAAUUGGGGGUGGGGACACAACCUUCAGUCCACAGUAAAUUUGUCAUAGGAACCUGAAGACGACCAGGCAAGCACAGUUUUUAGAAUUUACAUAAGUUGUAGAUUAGUGUAAUUACUGUUUUUGCCUCUGGCUGAGAAACUUUGGGUCAAAACGAGCCUUUUAGAAUACAUGAAUUAGUUAUCUAGGUAGCCCUGAAGUUGGCUCUAGAUUUAUUAGAAGCUAUUUUAACUAUUGCAUUCACUCAAGAAACCACCGCCUAUCUGUGAAGCACAGUCUAUCCGUAAAGCUCCCUCACAAUAAAUUCAUCUCAGAAAUUUGUAGUCUCUAGUCCAUGCCCCCAACUGCUGAAUGGGUAGGCCUAGCUCAGCACAGUCAUUCGGGCAUUAAAUAUGAUAGAAAUGUGGUCCACCUUAAACAACAGUUGGCUUGUUUAAUCUGCACUGCUUCACCAAGGACGUGUGAUUUGUGAGAUGCUGGAGGGGAACCAAUUGUAGGAGUCAGCCUGAGUGUCAGCCUCAUCUGUCUACGCUGACUUUUGUCUGCUCUCUGGCAGGCACUCCGUCUCCCUUUUCAAUUUUCUACCCUGGAAGUGCUCCCCUCCAGGGAGGAAGAUGAGUCAGAUUUGCAACUGUGAUGCUAGAUGAUUCAAUAGAGGCGAAAAUGCAGAACAGAGGAAAAUGCAUGGUUUAAUCGGACUCAGUUGCAAGUGGGCAGGGUAGGUGAUGGAGGGCAAGUCAAAAGCAUAACGAUGUCAAGCUUUGGUAGAACCCAGCAAACUGGAAGACUUCAGGAGGAUUGGAAAGGAAUGUGUACGGGAAAGUUGUCUGAAAUGCCGGGACAGCUUUCUGUGUUGCUCUUCUCACUGCCUUAGAAUUUAGAGUCAAAAUAAUAAUAAUCUCUUCUUCUUUUAGAUAGCCUUCCUGGCUUCAACCCACAAUCUGUCUAGAUUCUAGACAGUGGUUCUCAACCCUAUCAGAGUCAAUACUCCAGUCUUUAACAACUAAUUUGAAGAGUUCCUUUUAUAACAAAAACCUUAAUUUAUUCUUUAUCGUGCUACUCUAACAAUGUUGUUGGUCCCUACCCCUACCGCAUACCCCUUGGUGAUUACCAUUUUGGUGCACUCUGGGCCCACUUCAGCUGCUAGCCCCUCCAAGCCCCUCUGAAGGUAUGCAUGUUGCAUGCUGGAAGAGCCAGAAAUAAUGCUCUCUGGGAAGAGGUCUCAACCUGUUGGCUCUCAACAGGGCCCAAGGGAGUGAGGGUAUUUAUACACCAAAUUUGCCAUUGGUGUAUAAGAACCCUCAUGUUGCCAUUGGUGUAUAAAUACCCUCACUCCCUUGGCCCGUGUUCCCCUGUGGGAUUAGGCUCUAGUUGCCCACAGUGGUUACUUCUUGGUAACAACCUAUUACUGGCUUUUUCGCCUUCCCUGCCUCAAUACCCUACUCCCCAUUGUGUAUUAAACCUGUGCAAAAGUGUCUUGUGUUUACAUGUAAAUAAAAGUUUGUGUCUAGAUUCAGAUAACUACAGGGUUUUUUUUGUAUUUCAGUGACAUGAAAGUUCAGUGGGACAUUUGAAAGUUAUACAAGGCAUGAAGCAAUUCUUCAUUGUGUAGGGCAACUUGUAGAAAACUUUGCUUCAAGAGCAGUAGGCAUGUUUUCUUUGCCUGUGUUUUCUUAAUCCCUUCCUCUCCUACCCUGCUGGCUAAAAUGUAGAUGUGAUGGCUGCAGCUGCAGCUGCCAUCUUGGAGCAGGUAGACAGAACCAUACUACAUCCUAGGGUGGCAGAGCAGUGAGCUGGAAGGAACCUAUUCCCUGAGAACUUCAUGGAGCAAGGCUGCCCUAUUAGCCCUGCAUUCUCUCUGUCUCUGAACUUUCACAUGAACAAGACUAUAAAAUACUCUGCUAAGCCAAAAUUAUUUUGGGUUUCUACUUCUUGAAACUAAAUCUACCUAAAGCAAUAUCAAAAAUAAACCUUUCAAACUAAUUUUCAAAGACUGGCAUUAAAUCUGAUAGGGUUAAGAAAACUGUCUAGGCCAGGUGUGAUGGCUCACACCUAUAAUCCCAGCACUGAGAGAAGUCAAGGUGGGAAGAUUGCCCAGAAGUUGGAGACCAGCCUGGGCAACAUAGUGAGACCCCAUCUCUACAAGAAGUUAAAAAUUAGCUGGGUGUGGUGGCACAUACCUGUGGUCCCAGAUACUCGAGAGGCUGAGGUGGGAGGAUCGUUUGAAACUAAGAGGUCAAGGGUGCAUGAUAUGAGCCAUGAUCACUGCACCCCAGCCUGAGCAACAGAGUGAGACCCUGUCUCAAAAAAAAAAAAAAAAAGGAAAAAAAAAACUGUCUAGACUCUAUACAGAUUGUAGGAUUGAGCCAGGAAAACACUCUAGAAAUACAAUCAAACAAAACAAGAAAACAGAUCAUUACAGUGUUGUUUCUAAAUUCUAAGAGUGUGCCUCAGUAAUAACCCAUAAUUCAUGCAAUUGUGACCAAUUAUGGUUCUAUGAAGAACUAUAAGGUGCAAUGAGAGGAAAUUGGGGUACCUGAGUGCAGCUGGUCCACGGAAGACUUUUCUGAGCUCUAGGUAAAGUCAACUGGGUAAAGAGGUGGAAGAUAAAUAAAUAUAAUAUUUGUCAUUUAUUUUUUAAAAAUGGGUAGGGAUGGUUUCCAGGAAAUCAAUUCUUGUCAAAGGCUAAAAAAAUGUUUUAAAACAUGGAGUUAGGGGGAGCAUUUUAUGCAAUAGUCAUUUUCUCUUCCACGCUGCUGGUGAUGGUUAAGAGUAGGCACCACAGGGAAAGACUGUGUUUCAUUUGAUGUGUAUCCCAAUGUGUCGCACAGGGCCUGGCUUCUGAGGAAAUGCUGUUGAAAAUAUAUUCCAGUGUGCUGAGAGCUGGUGGCCAGUGUGACUGAGUGAGCUGUGUGCCGUGUAUUGACCUGCUUCCUACUCCUGAAUUCCUUUUGGAAGCUCCGGCAGGGAGGAUGAUACAGUCAGACAAAGGAGCAGAUCCACCAGACAAGAAGGACAUGAAGCUUUCUACAGCCACCAAUCCGCAGAAUGGCCUCUCCCAGAUCCUGAGGCUUGUGCUGCAAGAGCUGAGUCUGUUCUACAGCAGAGACGUGAAUGGAGUGUGUCUCUUGUAUGAUCUCCUCCACUCGCCGUGGCUUCAGGCUCUGCUAAAGAUUUAUGACUGCCUCCAGGAGUUUAAAGAAAAGAAACUAGUUCCUGCCACACCCCAUGCACAGGCGUUAUCCUAUGAGGUAGUGGAGUUAUUACGUGAAACCCCUACUUCCCCUGAGAUCCAAGAGCUGAGACAAAUGCUCCAGGCUCCACACUUUAAGGCCUUGCUCAGUGCCCAUGACACGAUAGCUCAGAAAGAUUUUGAACCCCUUCUCCCUCCGCUGCCAGACAAUAUCCCUGAGAGUGAGGAAGCAAUGAGGAUUGUUUGUUUGGUGAAAAACCAACAGCCCCUGGGAGCCACCAUCAAGCGCCACGAGAUAACAGGAGACAUCUUGGUGGCCAGGGUCAUCCACGGCGGGCUGGCGGAGAGGAGUGGGUUGCUCUAUGCUGGAGACAAACUGGUAGAAGUGAAUGGAGUUUCAGUUGAGGGACUGGACCCUGAACAAGUGAUCCAUAUUCUGGCCAUGUCUCGAGGCACAAUCAUGUUCAAGGUGGUUCCAGUCUCUGACCCUCCUGUGAAUAGCCAGAAAAUGGUGUAUGUUCGUGCCAUGACUGAGUACUGGCCCCAGGAGGAUCCUGACAUCCCCUGCAUGGACGCUGGAUUGCCUUUCCAGAAGGGGGACAUCCUCCAGAUUGUGGACCAGAAUGAUGCCCUCUGGUGGCAGGCCCGAAAAAUCUCAGACCCUGCUACCUGCGCUGGGCUUGUCCCUUCUAACCACCUUCUGAAGAGGAAGCAACGGGAAUUCUGGUGGUCUCAGCCAUACCAGCCUCACACCUGCCUCAAGUCAACCUUAUCAAUUUCUAUGGAAGAAGAAGAUGACAUGAAGAUUGAUGAGAAAUGUGUGGAAGCAGAUGAAGAAACAUUUGAAUCUGAGGAACUUUCAGAAGACAAGGAGGAAUUUGUUGGCUAUGGUCAGAAGUUCUUUAUAGCUGGCUUUCGCCGCAGCAUGCGCCUGUGUCGCAGGAAGUCUCACCUCAGCCCGCUGCAUGCCAGUGUGUGCUGCACCGGCAGCUGCUACAGUGCAGUGGGUGCCCCUUACGAGGAGGUGGUGAGGUACCAGCGACGCCCUUCAGACAAGUACCGCCUCAUAGUGCUCAUGGGACCCUCUGGUGUUGGAGUAAAUGAGCUCAGAAGACAACUUAUUGAAUUUAAUCCCAGCCAUUUUCAAAGUGCUGUGCCACACACUACUCGUACUAAAAAGAGUUAUGAAAUGAAUGGGCGUGAGUAUCACUAUGUGUCCAAGGAAACAUUUGAAAGCCUCAUCUAUAGUCACAGGAUGCUGGAGUAUGGUGAGUACAAAGGCCACCUGUAUGGCACUAGUGUGGAUGCUGUUCAAACAGUCCUUGAUGAAAGAAAGAUCUGCGUCAUGGACUUAGAGCCUCAGGAUAUUCAAGUGGUUCGAACUCAUGAACUGAAGCCCUAUGUCAUAUUUAUAAAGCCAUCGAAUAUGAGGUGUAUGAAACAAUCUCGGAAAAAUGCCAAGAUUAUUACUGACUACUUUGUGGACAUGAAGUUCAAGGAUGAAGACCUACAAGAGAUGGAAAAUUUAGCCCAAAGAAUGGAAACUCAGUUUGGCCAAUUUUUUGAUCAUGUGAUUGUGAAUGACAGCUUGCAUGAUGCAUGUGCCCAGUUGUUGUCUGCCAUACAGAAGGCUCAGGAGGAACCUCAGUGGGUACCAGCAACAUGGAUUUCCUCAGAUACUGAGUCUUAAUGAGACUUCUUGUUUAAUGCUGGAGUUUUAACACUGUGCCCUUGUUACAGCGAUCCACAGUUGCAAUCUAAAACAGCAGUAUUUGACCCACUAUAAUGUGUACAACUUUAAAAGUGCAGUAGUUUAUUAAUUAAUCUUAUUUGAAAAAAUUUUUAUUGUAUGGUUAUGUAGUUACCUAUUUGGCUCUUAAAAAUUUUUUUUCCUUUAUCUCAUAUGCAGCUGUAGUAGAAAUAUGAAUAAUGUUAAGUCACUGAGUAUGAGAACCUUUUGCAGAUUUCAUAUCUUUUAAAGAUUUAAAUAAAGAGCUUUCCUAAAUAUAAUAAGCAA